AGCUGGAUGCGGGGGAGCGAGGCUGGAACGAGCCUCGGCUGCGCCUGUGGGCAGAGCCGCGAGCAGGGAAAGCUGGGAACAGACCAGAGGCAUUUCACGCUCCCGGCUGAGUCACCCCGUGUAUAAAACCAAGGCCUGGCAGGCAGAGCCACGCAGAGUGGAGGCACGAGGCGCCGGGGCUUCGGGACAGAACCCAAACAGAUCUUGCAAGUUUAUUGCAAGCCACAUAGGAGAAGGAUGUUUCCACCCUUGCUCAUCCUCUCUCUGUUGGUGGGGAACACUGUGUCCAGCCCAGUGAGCAGAGCAGAGCCUGCAGCAUCCAGGGACAUCACCACCUUUUUCCAGCUGGCUCACGAAGACCCUUGGGAGAAUGUUAAUCUCACCAGCAUGCCCUGUGAGGAUCGCAAGAACAAGACUUGGAUCACCCUGCAGCUGACCAGCAGCAGCCUCACAGCUUUCCCUGUCUGCCUUCCAGAGGCACUGGAAACCUUGGAUCUCAGCAACAACCUCAUAGAAGAGAUGAAUGGCACAGAGAUAGCAAACCUCCCGCGGCUGCGUGUCCUCUCCUUGCGGCAGAACCAGCUCUGGUCAGUUAGAUGGGGAUCUGAAGCCCUCAGCAGCCUCGUCUCCCUGGAUUUAAGCUUUAACAAGCUCUCAUCUGUGCCAUCAUGCCACAGUUCUGCCCUGCCGAACUUGAAGUGGUUGUCUCUGGCUGGAAAUCCACUGAUUGAAAUCCAGCCUCUGGCUUUUUCCUGUUAUCCUCAGCUACAGUUCCUGAACCUUUCUGCAACGCUGUUGGGGCAAGAUGACAGCAGAGGAAUUAGAGAGUCUGCUUUUGCCAUCAGCACAUCCCCCAGUGAGGCCACAAACAGGCCUGGAAACAUCAACGUGCUUGAUCUGAGCAGGACCUUUCUUGAGAAAAUUCAACCAGAGUGGACCAGAGACUUGCCCAACCUCAGAUCACUUCACCUGACAAAGAUGUCACGGUUAAGAAGCCUUGAUACUGACUUCUUCAAGUCCAUGCCUGCUCUCCAGGAGCUGAACUGUCAAGACUCCCACUUGCUUGCUUUCGUGCAGACAGAGAUGUUUGACGGCGCUCCUCAUCUGAGCCAGCUCUCGUUUGAGAACUGUAACCUGAGUUCCUUUAAUCCUUGGAAUACCAAUUCCUCGGAUAACAUCAUCAUCAACUUGUACGGAAAUCCUCUGAUAUGCGACUGCCAGCUCUCCUGGCUGCUCUCCAAGCCCAAGAAAGUUGUGCUGCAAAAGGCUUGGGAGACCUUUUGCUACACAUCCCAGGAAGACAGGGGCAGACCUUCAACAUCUUUGUCACUGCUAGAACUCUACAACAAAUGCCAGUCUGACAGAAACGUUACACUGCCCAAUUCAAACACACCCUCUGUGGAACAUGAUGCUUUCAGGCUCACCAGUUCAGAUGCUACUACAUUAGUAACAACAGAGCCUGCUCCACUAACCCAAGAUGCUUAUAUCAGCUCCCUAAUUCAGAUGAAUGUAAUGAGCACAACGGCAGCCAACCCAACUGAGCUGAUGCUCACAAAGGCCAACAGUUCCUCCCACAAGGAGGAGGCAGUUUCCGAAUCCACGAGCAUCCAUGAGAAGGAGGCAGUUACUGAAACCAUGACCACCCACAAGGAGGCAGUUUCCCAAUCCACAAGCACUCAUGAGGAGGAGGCAGUUUCCAAAUUCAUGAGCACCCACAAGGUGGAGGAAUCCAUCAGCACCCAUAAGGAGGAAGCAGUUUCUGAAUCCAUGAGCAAUUCUCCUUCCUUGGUGUCUGUCACCACCUCCCCGGGUUUUCUCAAGCUGUUCUAUAAUCAGUCUUCAGAUCAUGGCUCCAUGAAUCAAACUGAAACAGACCAGCUAAAGACAAAGCUCAGAACAACCACCUCGAUGUUUCCCCAGGAAGGCACAUCCAACCAGCCCACUACUGAUUAUUCUACUACAGCAAUGGGAAGCCCCAAUGCCACUGAUCUUCAGCCCUUUGCCCUUUAUGUUGAGGAAGGUACAGCACAAACAAGCCUCCCACAGCUGAACUCCACAAGGACCACUGCUCGCUCACAGCCUGCAUCCACCAGAUCACUGAUACACUAUGUAGAUGACUACGACUAUGAUGAACAGUCAACGCAAACCCCAGUGCAAGUGCCAUACACCUCCUGUGACUACAAUCCUUGCAGGCACCUUCAGAAGCCGUGCAGUGAACUUCAGAGAGAAUCCAGAUGUUUAUGCCCUGGCAUGUCGAGGGAGGAUGAGGUUCCAGAUGCACCGAGGCUCAAAGAGGUGUCUGAAGUCACAGACAGCUCUGCACAGAUACGCUGGUGUGCCCCAAAUUCAGUUGUUCACACCUAUGAGCUGAUUUUUCAUGCCCAAGACAACGAGGGCAGACAGCUUGUCCUGGACAAUAUUUAUUCCACAGCAAGGCAGCACACUCUGUAUAAUCUACAACCAUACACCACUUACCACAUUUGUGUGACUGCUUCCAACAAAGCAGGGUCAAGCCAGACAUCAGUGCAGGGAAUUGCAGGUAAUUCAUGCACUAGAUUUAAAACAAAGCCCAGCUACAAGUCUGUCUUUGCUGUUCUAUCUGCAGCAAGUGGACUCUUUCUCAUUUCCACAAUUAUUUUGUCUGUAUGCCUGUGUAAGGCAUGCAAAAAGCCUCAGAGUGAGCAGUAUGGUACACACUUAGUCUCUUAUAAGAACCCAGCAUUUGAUUAUCCGUUAAAACUACAAACCAGUAAUUAGCUCUGGGUCACUGUUCUGCGCAUUCCAAGCUCAUUGUCUCUUAUCACCUUGGUAUGUUUGCCUGAGACUCUCCAAACGUCCUUCAGCAAAACUAUGAAACAUCAGACUUCACAGCCCUUAUGUUUCUAAGGGACAGAAAACCACACAAAAACUAAUAAUGACAGUAUUCAAACAGAAGAAAGCCUUUGGACUUUUGGUCACGUGCUAAGCAGCAGCAAACCUGGAUACUCACCUUGAAGAGCUGUAUGAUCACUUACAAAUUCAUCAGCAUGUUUCACACAGUGAGAGGCUGCUUUGCCAGCUGUCUGCCUCCAGUCUCCCUCAUGGAUACAGUGCUGAGAGCCAGGUGCAUCUAGCUAAGAUAGAUUCUGCUUUUAUUCUUAUAAAUGAAGUUGGGCUUUCAGUUUCUUCUAAUGUUGAUAUAAAGGUAUUGCCCAAAAAGAGAGUAUUACUGGAAGGAGUGAGAGAAAGAUCUCCUUGAGCUGAGUGGCAAGGUGCUGUGCAAGUCUAACUCCAUUAAAUAACUCCAGCAACUGCUCAGCCCAGCUUCAGUUGAGGAGAGAGAAACAUGAAGAUUAACUGUAUAAAAGGACAGUUCAGGAUCCUUAGGACAGGGAUAAUUGUUUUGUUCUGACUUUGUAUGAUGUUUUCCGCAACUGAGGCUCCUGAGUGCUACCACACCAACUUACAGGCAGUGAGGAGUUUGCAGUACAGCAGUAGCCCACAGAAGGGAGAGGCCAUGUUAGUAUUUGAUUCAGAAUUGAUUUUAAGCAGGGAUGAUUGUUCAGUCCUAUCUACAGGUUUAGCAGGCUGACGAUUUACCUCCUACAGAGGCAAAGAGCCAAGUAAUGAAACAAUUUGAUGUGCAUGUUGCUGAGACUUGAAAACCUGAAAACCCAUCCACUCCCAGCAGUUAAACCAACAUUUUUCAAAUGUACUUUUGGGUCCUAACUUCUUCUAUAGAAAUCAUAAGAGAUGCUGAGAAUCCCAGUUCUUCAGCAGCUCUGAGCUUGCCAUUAACAUUCAAAGAUGUUUGUGCAAGGGGAGGUGUUUGUCCCAUCUAAUACUUUCUAUUUAGAGACCAACAGGUUUAUGUUCCAGUGGCUGUGUGUUUCAGUUGCUGUACACUGCUGUAUAGAGACAAGAUGUAAACUCUCCAGAUGUUAGAGUGCAGAAGGUGCUGUACAGUGUAAAAGAGGCUCUGUUCUGUUUAUUUGGGGUUUUUAACGUUUCCAGUAUUAAUGAAAAUAAAACCUACAGAGUUGAGCUCUGGUUCUUUGUUAAA